CCAAAAAAAAAAAAAAAAACGACUGGACUGAACGAAAAGUUUGCAGUAGUAUAGUAGCAGCUAAGUACUCUUACAACCUAUUUGGAAAAGGUGGCAUCUCACUUGACAUGAUGAGCAGCAAAGGUGGUGAUCCUGUUGUAGAAAUUGGGCACCUCAGCCCCAUCCGUUACCCAGAUGAGGGCUAUAAAUCCUUCACACAUGAUUUCUCCCAAACCCCAAUAAUGUCCACCCCCCUCAAGGGCCAGAGGCAGUCGACGUCUGAUCUGUCAGUCGCUCUGGACGACUCUGGCCUCAGCAGGGGUGAUGGCCUGUGGGAGAGCACCCUGCUGGAAGUGCAGGUAAAAUCCAAGGUGGUGCUGCCAGGGUCUGGAGGUGUGAAGGCUCCAUCUCCAGCUGCGCCAGUGGCUUCCCACACCUUCAAAGCAGGUCGUCGAGUGACCCCACCGUCAAACAAGAGGCCACGGGUGUUUGACCGGCCGGAGGAGUGGCAGCAUCAGAAAGAUGUAUAUGUUGAGUCGGUCAGCCGGCAUAUGAGGGAGAACCCUAAAGGAGGUGCCUUCAAUGAGCUCCUGGAUCUCAUGAACACGGUAGCAAAUGAACAGCACCCAUGGCAGCACCCAUCAGACCUUACCACCCGGAACUAUCAACCCGGAAAUGUGGGCAAGAGUCUGUUUACAUUGGAUGAAUGGACCCACAAAAACGGAGGGUCGUAUAAGCGCUUUGCGCGGUCGUGAAUUUUGUAUAUAUUGUACAUAUAUUUGUAUAUAUUGUUCUAUUUGUUCUAUUUUUUGUGUGGUUUUUGUGAUGUUUCAGACAUGUAAACACUUGUGUGUUGUGUUUUUCUUACUGUUUUAAUAAGAAUAAU